AGAGCGCGCCGCCUGCCUCGGUACCGCCUCGGUACGCCGCGCCGCGCCCCGCCGCCUCCCUCGCCCCGCCGCCACCGUUCCCCCGCGGCAGGCGCCCGGCAGCGGCACGGCGGCGACGCCAGGAAGUGCGGGGCCGCGGCGCUCCCGCUCGCCGUGGUAUGCGAGAGCGCUCCCGCCCGCGGGGCCGACGAGAGGGGGGCGGCGGCGGCGGACGGAACGCGGGGGGGGCGGCCUCGCCGCCCCGCACGGAGCGGCGCGGGGCCCCGGCGGCGGGCGGCGGCCGCAGGAUGGAGGAAGGGGCAGCAGACCUGCGACAGAGGAGGAAACAAAACUGCACAGAAUCUGACAAAAUGGCUCCAGAGGAGAGACACAAAGAAAACUCGAAGCUGGGAAGGUCGCCAAAAUAUAUGUUAAUUCAGCGUUUUGCGAAACUUUUCUUUGGCUGUCUUGCGGCAGUCACUAGUGGGAUGAUGUAUGCUGUGUACCUCUCCACAUAUCAUGAACGGAAAUUCUGGUUUUCCAGCAGGCAGGAACUUGAACGAGAAAUUACAUUUCAGGGUGACAGCGCCAUUUAUUACUCAUUCUAUAAAGAACUGCUAAAGGCUCCUUCCUUUGAAAGAGGUGUUUAUGAGUUGACACACAACAAUAAGACAGUAUCAAUGAAGACGAUAAAUGCAGUCCAGCAGAUGACCUUGUACCCUGAGUUGAUUGCCAGUGUGUUAUAUCAAGCAUCUGGUAGUGAAGAAGUUAUUGAACCAGUGUAUUUCUACAUUGGUAUAGUUUUUGGACUGCAGGGAAUUUAUGUGACUGCAUUGUUUGUAACCAGUUGGGUUAUGAGUGGGACUUGGCUGGCAGGAAUGCUGACUGUAGCGUGGUUCAUUAUUAACAGGACAGAUACAACAAGAAUUGAUUACUCCAUACCAUCAAGGGAAAAUUGGGCUUUGCCAUAUUUUGCAUGUCAAGUAGCAGCUCUCACAGGCUAUUUAAAAAAAAACCUAAAUUGUUCUGCAGAGAAAUUUUGUUACCUUUUGGUGAGUGCUUCAACAUACACCUUCAUGAUGAUGUGGGAGUACAGUCAUUACCUCCUGUUUGUCCAGGCCGUGUCUCUUUUUCUGCUUGACAGUUUUGCCCUGGCACAGUCAGAGAAGGUGCAUGAAGUGUACAAAAUCUACAUGUUUUCUCUCUUCCUGGGGUAUUUAUUGCAGUUUGAAAAUUCGGCCUUACUAGUGUCACCAUUACUGAGUCUGGUAGCAGCUUUAAUGCUCUCUAAAUACCUUCAGAUGAAUGUGAAGAAAGGUACAUUUAUGUCAAGAUUGCUGAAAAUUAUGUACAUUUAUUUGGUACUUACAGUAACACUGACACUAAACUUGUUACUAAAGAUGUUUGUUCCUCAUAAAGAAAAUGAGCAUUUGCUGAAGUUUCUUGAGAUAAAACUUGGCUUAAACACGACUAAGAAUUUUACAAUGAAUUGGCUCCUUUGUCAAGAAUCUCUUCAGGCACCCUCCCAAGACUUUUUUUUGCGGCUAACACAGUCAUCGCUGUUGCCUUUCUAUAUUUUAGUAUUAAUUAUCUGCCUUUUUUCUGUAACUCAGGUCGUUUUUAGGAGAAUUUGUGGUGAACCACUGAAAGAGACAGUUAAACUUGAGGAUGGUCGAAUUGGAGAGAGGCCAGAAAUAGUUUAUCAUGUAAUUCACACAAUUUUACUUGGUUCUCUAGCGAUGUGUUUGGAAGGAAUGAAAUAUCUGUGGACUCCAUAUGUUUGCAUGCUCGCUGCAUUUGGUGUGUGUUCUCCUGAGCUUUGGAUGACGCUCUUCAAGUGGCUGCGACUGAAAGCUGUGCAUCCAAUACUGCUGGCUCUCAUUCUGAGUAUGGCAGUUCCCACAAUAAUUGGAUUCAGCUUGUGGAAAGAGUUUUUCCCUAGGAUAAUGACAGAGCUUUCAGAGCUACAAGAAUUCUAUGAUCCUGAUACAGUAGAACUUAUGACAUGGAUAAAAAGACAAGCUCCUGUGGCCGCUGUGUUUGCAGGCAGCCCACAAUUAAUGGGUGUGAUUAAGCUUUGUACUGGAUGGAUGGUGUCAAGCUUGCCUUUAUAUAAUGAUGAUGAUCUUCUAAAAAGAAAUGAAAAUAUCUAUCAGAUAUAUUCAAAGAGGUCAGCAGAGGAUAUUUAUAAGAUUCUCACAUCUUACAAAGCCAAUUUUUUGAUCAUUGAAGAUUCAAUUUGCAAUGAAGUGGGACCUGUAAGAGGAUGUAGAGUCAAAGAUCUAUUGGAUAUUGCCAAUGGUCAUGUCUAUGGAUCUUCAUUCUGUGCUGUGUGGUGCCGGAGAACUGGCACAGGUUGCCCAGAGGGUCUUCUCCUUGGGGAUGUUGAGAAGCUGCCCGGCCAUGGGCCUGAGCCUCCUGCUCUGGGUGUCCCUCCUGGACCUGAGGUGGUUUGUGAGGAAGGUGACAGUUAUGCCUAUUCAAAAUAUGGACGAUUUUGUCAUGAAAUCAAAAUGAACUAUUCUCCAUAUGUGAAUUAUUUCACUCGAGUAUACUGGAAUAGAUCCUACUUUGUGUAUAGGAUCAACACUGUGAUAUCCUUCCAAUCGUGAAAAAGCAUGCAAGCUUCUUUUUGAGGAUUGACUGUGGUGGAAUUCAGUUGGAAAAAUUCCUUUUGAUUAAGAAAACUAUUUUUACAGAUACACGUAGGUGCAGUGUACUGACCAGGUUUUUGGGUUUUGUUUUUUUUCCACCAAACUGGAACUGUUCGAACUCUACAGACCAACUGUUACAGAUACCUUCUUUGAAGGAACCAGGAAACUUUGACAAUUCUACUGUCUCUACAAGAAAGCGUGGCAGUCUUCCAUGUUCUUGCAUUUGUCUUCCCAUUGUAAAGCAUCUUAAUCUUCAUUUAACAGAUAUUUCUAACUUCAGUGUUAGACAGCUGAUGUGGAUAGACUUUGGAAAAAGUUAUGUUGAAGAGCUCGUUUAAGUCAUGUAGCUUCUAUUUUCUAGUAAGAAAUCAAGUGGUGUAUCCUAAGUCUUCAAGUGUUUGGGUUUGUUUAAUAUUUCUAAUAUUUUUCUUUGGUUACUGUGGUUUUUUAUUCUUCCCGUUUUCCACUAUCAACACUGCUAUGUUUAUCAAACACGUUCAUACACCUUAUGUGUAGGUAAAGUAUUUGUAUAAAUCAAAUAAGGAAGAUGUUAUUUAAACAAUUCCAUAGAUUGAGGCACUGAUCUCUGCAUUGAUGGAGAUGUGUUGGUGGAAGUGCUUGGGCUUGGACGCAGCUGUAGGAGUUGACAAAGUCAGAUUUUCAGUUUGGAAAGAGCUUGACUUCAGGAUUCUUCCAUGCUUACGUAUGUGUGCAUGUGAGCGUAUGUGUGUUUCAGCAGCCAUCAGAACGGGCCAGUAUACAACACUAUGCUGUACUUUAGACAAGUGUAGCAGGACGACUAGGUUUGCUGCUGAGACUGCUGCUCUUUGCUCCUGUGUGUGAGCUGGUGUGUGUGUGUGUGUAUGGCAAGGGAUGGGCGAUGGUCAUUUCAUUCAACUUAUUAUUUCGUGAUAGAUUAAGGUAAUCAUAACUGUAAUUUUAAACACCGUCAUCACCAUCAUUAAUCAGUGACAGCACAGUAGCUCAUAGCUUUUUAUACAUUAAUUAUGCAGCUAUACUGGGAACUUUGAAGACAUGGGACAACGCUCUGUAGUCUUGCUUCCCUCCAAAAUUUGCCUUUCUUAUAUGACCUCGUUUGUCUCUACGACUUCCUUAAAUUUUCUGUUCAUCCUGUUUUGUUGCUAGCUGAGGUACUUUCAAGAGAAUGAAUGAUGCUUUAAUCCCAGUGUUGUGAAUGGAAAACUCAACAAAAGGUAAUCAUAACUUUGCUGAUGUAGGUGCAGCUGGACAGAAAGCCAGGACUUAAGUUCUGGGAGAGAGUCCUCACCACCAGGAGUUGCAUGCAGUUAUGGAUUCUGGUAACACCUGGCCCAGAGACCGGUCUGUCAGGCAUGUGGGAAUGAUUCUUUGGAGCCCAGAUGUCUUUAAAGAAACAUCUGGCUUAAUAGGAUGAACCUUCAACUGAACAACCAUUCUGCAAAUGAAAGCUGUGAAACUAUCCCUGCUGCAUCUGUUGGUUAAAAUGCAAAUUCAGAGGGAUUGACUCUGAAAUUGUUAGGAACUGCAACAUGUUGAUGUAUAUGCAUGAUUCCUAUCUGCUGUAUGCAGAUGUGUUGUUUACUUUACACUAAGAGAUAGUGCUGAGGUUUCUAAACAUCUAUUAUCACUAUUGGAGUGAUUUAAAAGUGAAAAGCUUUACUGUUGUAAAUGUCAACGAGUCUGUGAUCUGUUUGUUUUUGUUUUUGUUUUCUUUUAAUCUGGUUAUAUUUUUAGGCCUGUGAGUUUAGACCGAGUAUUAAAAUCAUUCGUUUUAUUUGAAACCAGUGCUCAGAUAAACCCAUCGAAAAUAUCCAGUGCGAUCAUUGAGAGAAACAUUUAUCAGUGUAACUGGGUUACAAAUUAGGAGUAAGUAUCCUUUCUAGGGAUACAGUCGUUGUGCUGAGGAUAGCAUGCAUGUCUCUCUGGCCAAAAGCAGCCUGUUUAUUUGCUUACGCACAAGUGUGUAUGUUUUGCUGCACUGUUACAGUUUCAGACUUUUCAAUUACAAUAUCAAGAUAAGUUUGUGAACUAACUUGGGUUACGGCAGGCAAUCAGGAACCUUGUAUGUGCUAUGGAGUUAAUAAUUGGAAGUAAGUGUAGAGUUCCGUAUACAACUUGAAUUUGUUUGAAUCACUGUCUGGAAUUACGUGUCUGCGUGUCAGUGAACUGCUCUCUCGAAGCUGAUUGUUCAUGAGCACCAUUUCAUACCAGCAAUAAGGCAUUCCAGGUACCACAUUUCAGGGUUACAAUUGCCCUUGGGUGGAUGAAGCCGCUCAGCUUAUGGCUUCUUGCCUUAUAAUACCACACCAGGGUGCAGCGUUCAACUAUCCUGGACUGCCUGUUGUGUUUUACUGCAGCGCCGUAUCUAUGUGUGACCACACGGAGCAUAGUUUGAAUACUUACAUGUACAGCACAUAUGUUAAGAGAAAAACACAAAUGAGGCCAACCGUACAUCUAAGGAAAUUACAUAUGUUGUAGCACGUUGGCCUUUAUACAUGUUUGAAUGAACAUGUUGAACUUUAUUUGAACUGUGACAUAGUUAUUAUUAGUUUUGUCAUAAAGAUGUAUUCUUGAUACUUCAAUCGAUUCUGCAUUAGGAGAAUCAUGUAAGAUUUUUACCUUGCUUUUUAUAUUAGAGAAGAUUGUAUAGCAGCAUCAUUGGCGCAGCAGCCUUAAGUAACAGAGAAGGAGCCUUUUGCUGGGAGAAACGUCACCGUUGUCCCGGGCAGAAGGCAUGGAAGAUUCAUAUCUUGUGAAGAAAAUGAUAUUCUUGACUUUCCUUAUCCAGUUGUGGAUUAGCAAAAAUGCUGUUGUAUGCUCUAAUCUCCACCUUCUGUGGAAAAAGAUGGAAACAGUAAGUUCUGUGAUAUCCCUCGGAAGGACAACCAUGGGGCGUAAGCACAUCUGACUGGUGCACACAACCCUAGCUCGGCUUUCAACCCAGGUCGUGGGUUUCAGUUCCUGAGAGGGUUGGGGGAAUGUUUUUCAAAUUUGGAUGUGUUUUGCUGUAGAUGUUGCAAUUCAGUUGAAACAUGUGCCUUGCGAGCUUUUAUUAAACAAACAAACAACUCCA